UAUAACUUCUGUCACAAGAUACCAGCUCUCCUCUUUCCUUCUCCAAAAUGUAUCAUCGAUACUCUCGAGGACUAAUGAUUGAUGACCUUUUUCACAACAAGAACCGCCUUAACUUUGCUAUCUCUCUCUCGGUCGGUACCUGAAAUCCAGUAACGGGUAACUCCGGAAAGACUCUGAUACAGAUACACACGGAAAUUGUCUGAGAGGGCCAGGGGGAAUGAGUCGAACGAGCGUGGUUAAUUUAAUUACGCGCGUCGACGCGAUUUGCAAGAAGUACGAGAAGUACGAUAUUGAUAAGCACAAGGACUUAAAUGUUUCUGGGGACGAUGCUUUCGCUCGUUUAUACGCCGUCAUCGAGGCCGAUGCCGAGGCGACCUUCCAGAAAUCCGAGGCGGCUGCCACCCAGAAGAACAGGGCUACUGCCGUUGCUAUAAAUGCGGAGAUUCGACGAACGAAAGCUCGUUUGCUGGAGGAGCUCCCUAAAUUGCAGAGACUUGCUUUUAAAAAGGUCAAAGGGCUUUCAAAAGAAGAGCUCGAGGCUCGAAAUGAUCUAGUUUUUGCACUGAAAGAGAAGAUUGAUGCUAUAAGUGAUGGAUCUACUACUAAUGGAGCUAAACAAACUGGUGGUGGGGCAACUUCAACCUCAUAUACUGGAAUCAAAUUUAACUCAACUUCAGAUGGGAGAUUGGAUUAUGAGUAUUUUCAACAAACUGAAGAAUCGGAUCGCUUUAGGCAGGAGUACGAAAUGCGGAGAAUGCAACAGGAUCAAGGUUUGGAUGUUAUAGCUGAAGGAUUGGGUACAUUGAAAAACAUGGCACAUGACAUGAAUGAGGAACUGGAUAGACAAGUGCCAUUAAUGGAUGAAAUCGAUGAUAAGGUUGAUAGAGCAAAUGCUGACCUUAAAAGUGCUAAUGUGAAACUCAAGGAAACUAUAACCCAGCUGAGGUCAAGCCGCAACUUUUGCAUUGAUAUCAUCCUCUUGUGCAUAAUUUUGGGAAUUGCUGCCUAUUUAUACAAUGUGUUAAAAUGAUAUUGGUGCCCUGGAAACUACAACCACAGCUUCUCUACUUUCUAAUACAGGGAUACAUGUGACUCUUAAGCAUUUUGUGCAUGUACACCUUUCUUUUAUUUAUACUGCUGGAACCCGAUGUCUUUCUUUUUUAUUGCUGUUGUGUAUUUGGGAAUGGGAUUAUGGGAUA